AUGUAUCUUAUCACCAAUGAUACCGAAUCUAAUCAGAUGAUUUUUUGCAAUUGUUCAUUGUCAUCGUUCGGUUCUCGUUGCCAGUAUACAUUUAAUUCAGCACUAGCAAUUCACUCAUUCGGUGAUUUCGUUCGUGUAACAUUUAAGAAUCGAAAUCAGUUGCGUGAGAAACUACUAGUGCAUACAUGUUAUCCAUAUUUGUCUGAAUGUAACCGUGGCCUUCACCGAUGUGUCUCGAUUGGCGUGAAAUUUGUCACAAAAAUGGAUUGUAUUGGUGAAAGUUUUGGAUUAGAUGAGCAGCAAUGUGACCAACUCGAGAUGAACGAGUGUGGAACAAACGAAUAUCGAUGUCACAAUGGAGCACAAUGCAUUUCACUCGACUUUGUCCGUGAUGGCAAGGACAUUAUAGAUUGUCUGGAUGGGACAGAUGAACUCGAAAUUGAUAUACAACCUGAUAUUGAGAUGCCGAUCACCGAAGACGCAAUAAUAAGAUGUAUAUCUAUAACCGUAUUUCAGUGUGAAGAAGCUACUUGCUGUUUUCCUCGCACGGUUGUCAGUGGUGACGGCGAGUGUGUUCGAUAUGGUAAUAUCCCUACUCUCGGGCGCCCCUGCAUAGGCACAGGUCGUGAUUUGAACUCGACUCGAGCUCUGUUUACAUCAUUCGAUCCUCUCUCGCCUGACUGUAGAAAAGCACUGUUCUAUGCACUCAAACUCUAUUACUAUUUUAAUAACAUACACAGUGAGAAACGAUGUUCAUCCGACAUUCAACUAUCUGUAGCAAAUAACUGCGCCCAAGAAUACGUAUGGUUUUCUACACAACCAAUUUUGUAUGGCUACUUUCAAUUUGUCUAUAUAACAAAUCGGUCGGUCAACGUGUUGGAAUACAAUAUUGCGCCAUAUUUAGUAUGCAAUGAUCCACGACAAUGUUUGCAUCUGCCGAAGAAAAAAAUUCAAAUGAACGGGCGUGAUUGUCGUCCAUAUUGGCAGUUUUUUCAGAAACCAUUGAUCAUUCGACGUUCAAAAACGGCUUUACGUACAUGUUCUAACAGUAGCUCAUCAUCGUCGUUAUCGUCUCUUCAAUCAAUGUCUCAAUCAUCUUCAUCUUCUUCUACCAUUUCGACCGAUUCAGGUUCAUCUGACUUGAACAGUCUAAGUUUAAAUAACACUUCUACGAUUCCUACUUCGACAUCAUCAUCUUCAUUUGAAAUGAAUCACCUACCACAACCUAGUGCAAUUACCGUUAUCAAAAGUAUAAGAUCAAAGGAUCAGCUGUUUAUGGGAGGCUAUACUUAUCAAUGCAACGUUAUUCGGAAGCAUGAGAUCAGAUGGACAUGUAAAGAAAAGCAUAAUAAAAAAUCACCUUGUCGUACAGCAAUUAAUACAACAAAGAAUUCAGCAACUGAACAAAAUCCCAUUUAUUCAUUUGCCAGUUCAAAUUCAGUGGCACACAAUCAUCAUCCAGAUAAAGAUAACCAAGUGAUUUUAACAUUUAGAUCUAGAUUAAAAGAAUUUGGUGAAGCAAAUCGUAGCGCACCACCGACGAAAUUAUAUAAUAUACUUACUACUGAUAUGAAGUUAAGUGAUAAACAAAUGGGAAUGUUAACAAGGUCUGAAGUUUUAAGGAAAACAAUAUAUAAUAUACGCCUUAAAACAGCUCCACCAUUACCACGUGAUAUUACAUUUGAUAUCCCGUCACAAUUUAGAAUUACGUCGGCGGAUAAGAGCUUUCUUCUUUACGAUCACUUAUAUUCAAAAAACACGAAAAGAAUAUUGCUUUUUAGUAGUGAAUUUCUAAUAAGAAAAAUGUGUUCUUCGAGUUUGUUAUCGAUGGAUGGCACCUUUUCUGUAGUACCAAAAAUGUUUAAACAAUUAUAUAUUAUUGUAGCCAUUGAUGAAGCUACACAUUCAGCUGAACCUGUUGCUUGGAUUCUCCUCAGUGAUAAACAUGCACAAACGUAUAUCCUAAUUUUUAAAGCAAUGAAGAAAGCUGCUUCAAGAUUGAAAUUGGAAUUAAAACCUGAACGAUUUAUAACUGACUAUGAAAGUGGGAUUAUUAAAGCAGUACGAGAAGAAGUAGGUCGUUGUUUUUCUUCAUAA